AUGUCGCGAGCAACUCACCCACCCACCUUCCCAGUGAGCUUCCAACUCCUCGGCGUUGUGCUGGUGUUGCUCUUCCAUGUAGACGGCAUACAUGCGGAGAGCCCCAGCGAGUUGCCUGUGAACGACACCGAGGAGUGCACUGGCUCAUACAUCUGCAAAAAGGGUGUGAUUCUACCAAUAUGGGAACCCCAAGACCCCUCAUUUGGUGACAAAAUCGCUCGGGCAACAGUGUAUUUUGUAGCCAUGGUGUACAUGUUCCUGGGAGUAUCUAUCAUAGCUGACCGCUUCAUGUCCUCCAUCGAAGUCAUUACAUCCCAAGAGCGGGAAAUAACCAUCAAGAAGCCCAAUGGCGAGACCAGCAAAACCACAGUGAGGAUCUGGAAUGAGACCGUUUCCAACCUCACACUGAUGGCCUUGGGCUCAUCUGCCCCUGAGAUCCUCCUGUCUGUUAUUGAAGUGUGUGGCCAUGGCUUCACAGCAGGGGACUUGGGGCCAAGCACAAUUGUGGGGAGUGCUGCGUUUAACAUGUUUGUCAUCAUUGCGAUCUGUGUUUACGUUGUUCCAGACGGAGAGAUAAGGAAGAUCAAGCACUUGCGAGUGUUUUUUGUUACAGCGGCCUGGAGCAUCUUUGCCUACACUUGGCUUUACAUUAUUUUAUCCGUAUCUUCUCCUGGGAUUGUGGAGGUUUGGGAGGGCUUGCUCACCUUCUUCUUCUUCCCCAUCUGUGUGGUGUUUGCCUGGAUAGCUGACAGGAGGCUUUUAUUUUAUAAGUACGUCUACAAGAAAUACCGAGCUGGCAAGCAGAGAGGCAUGAUCAUUGAGCACGAGGGUGACCGGCCCUCCUCCAAAGCUGAUAUCGAGAUGGAUGGCAAAGUUGCUAAUUCUCAUGUGGAGAACUUUUUGGAUGGGACGUUGGUGUUGGAGGUGGAUGAGAAAGACCAGGAUGAUGAGGAAGCCAGGAGGGAAAUGGCUCGGAUCCUGAAGGAGCUGAAACAAAAGCACCCCGACAAGGAAAUUGAACAGCUUAUAGAGUUGGCCAACUACCAGGUCCUGAGCCAGCAGCAGAAGAGCAGGGCCUUUUACCGCAUUCAGGCCACUCGGCUCAUGACGGGAGCAGGCAACAUCUUGAAGAGACAUGCUGCAGACCAGGCCCGCAAAGCUGUCAGCAUGCAUGAGGUCAACAGUGAGGUGGCAGAAAAUGACCCCAUCAGCAAGCUCUACUUUGAGCAGGGUACCUACCAGUGUCUGGAGAACUGUGGCACUGUCGCCCUGACCAUCAUUCGCCGGGGAGGGGACUUGACCAACACAGUGUACGUUGACUUCCGGACAGAGGAUGGGACGGCUAAUGCUGGCUCUGACUAUGAGUUCACUGAAGGGACAGUGGUCUUCAAGCCUGGAGAGACCCAGAAGGAAAUCCGUGUUGGCAUAAUCGACGAUGACAUAUUUGAGGAGGAUGAGAACUUCCUGGUCCAUCUCAGCAACGUCCGCGUGAGCACUGAUGCCUCAGAUGAGGGCAUUCUUGAGGCCAGUCGUGUCUCAACACUUGCUUGCCUGGGAUCACCAUCUACUGCCACCGUCACCAUCUUUGACGAUGACCAUGCAGGCAUCUUCACCUUUGAGGAGCCAGUAACGCAUGUCAGUGAAAGUGUGGGGACCAUGGAAGUCAAAGUGUUGCGAACCUCUGGUGCACGAGGAAAUGUUAUUGUGCCCUACAAAACCAUUGAAGGCUCAGCCAAAGGUGGAGGAGAGGACUUUGAAGACACCUGCGGGGAGCUGGAAUUCCAGAACGAUGAGAUAGUCAAAACGAUAUCAAUCAAGGUGAUAGAUGAUGAGGAGUAUGAGAAAAACAAGACCUUCUACCUAGAGAUCGGGGAGCCCCAGCUGGUGGAGAUGAGUGAGAAGAAAGCCCUGUUGUUGAAUGAGCUUGGUAAUUUCUCUGUCCUGGAAGGGAAACUCUGGAAGGGCAAACCUAUCUUCAGGAAGGUCCAGGCUAGAGAUCAUCCUCUUCCUUGCACCGUGGUCACCAUCCAAGAGGAGAACGAAGAAAAGCAGCCACUGACCAGCAAGGAGGAGGAAGAGCGCCGAAUCGCGGAGAUGGGGCGCCCAGUCCUGGGGGAGCACACGAAGCUCGAAAUCAUCAUUGAGGAGUCCUACGAGUUCAAGAACACGGUGGACAAGCUCAUUAAGAAGACGAACCUGGCCCUGGUGGUUGGCACAAACAGCUGGAGGGAGCAGUUUAUUGAGGCUAUUACUGUCAGCGCCGGGGAAGACGAUGAUGACGAUGAAUGUGGGGAGGAGAAGCUGCCCUCCUGCUUUGACUACGUGAUGCACUUUCUGACCGUCUUUUGGAAGGUCCUUUUUGCCUUUGUGCCCCCGACAGACUACUGGAAUGGCUGGGCUUGCUUCGUCGUUUCCAUCCUCAUGAUUGGCCUCCUGACAGCUUUCAUCGGCGACCUGGCAUCCCACUUUGGCUGCACCAUCGGCUUGAAGGAUUCGGUCACUGCGGUGGUGUUUGUUGCACUGGGGACAUCGGUGCCAGACACGUUUGCCAGCAAAGUAGCAGCGACGCAGGACCAGUACGCGGACGCCUCCAUCGGGAACGUCACCGGGAGCAAUGCCGUGAACGUUUUCCUGGGCAUCGGGGUGGCCUGGUCCAUCGCGGCCAUCUACCACGCGGCGCACGGACAAGCCUUCCAAGUCUCCCCCGGCACCUUGGCCUUCUCCGUCACCCUCUUCACCAUUUUUGCUUUUAUCAGUGUGGGCGUGCUGCUCUACCGGCGGAGACCCGAGAUUGGAGGUGAGCUGGGCGGGCCGCGGACUUCCAAGCUGCUCACAUCCUCACUCUUUAUCCUCCUCUGGCUCUUGUACAUAUUCUUCUCAUCUCUGGAAGCCUACUGCCACAUAAAGGGCUUCUAAAGGGACAAUCAGAGAUAGUAAAUAUAUAUAUAUAUCUAUAUGUAUCUAUAUAGAGUGAUAUAUAGGUAUAGAUAUAGAUAUAACGCUGUGUAUAAUGAA